UUCAGAUUAGAGAUUUAUUUGCUGAAACUGCCGUAAUCAUUCGCUUUCUUCCCCUAAAUAACUAGACCGGCGCUUCUGCCGAGCCUUUGGAUAAAUAUAAUACACAUACGUCUAUCCAGACAAUGGCUGAAGAUAUGGAAACCAAGGAUGGUGUCGAAAAUGUUUUAGAUGAUAUCCUGGUCCGUGAAGAAGAGGAUAUGCUUCUCUCCGGUGAUUUACCGGAAGCUGUAAAGAAAGUAACUAAACCAACUACAAAGAAAGUUGUCAAGAAGAAAGUGGCUGCAACUACUACCAAGAUGGGUGCUAAGACAAUAACUGCGAAAGUUGCAGCUGGUAAGGCUCCAGCUAAAACUGCUGGCAGUGGCACGACUGUCAAAAAAGUUAAGAAGGUUGUCAAGAAAUCAGCCACAUCAACCCAAUCUGCAAAGCCUGAGACUAGUGCUGCUGCAGCUACAACCACAACGCCAGAUAAAAAAGCAGAAAGGCCAAAGACUAAGACUGACACUAGUGAAACGCAACCAAAGAAAGGUGAUGAUGAAAUCAAAGACCUGGAGCGUAAACGCCAACAGCUUGCCAAGGAGAACGCUGAGCGCAAGAAGAAGCUUGACAAACUAAAAGAAGAGGAAAAGAUACUCAGCGUUGCUGCAGAUUUAGAUGACCAAGAUGAACAAGACUAUGAAGAAAUUGAUGAGGGUGAGGAGAAUCUCAACUACAGCUUCAGUGCUGAUGAAGAGAAGGAGGUCAAAGUCAAGAAAGAGAAGGAAGAUGGUGAUGGGAAUCUGGAGUAUGAUACGAGAAGUGAGGCCGGCACCAGCUCGGGUACCUCGGAAAGCGAGAGCGAGACCGACACGUCUGAUUCUGAAUCAGAUGAUGGUGAGGAGAGAAAAGGCAAACGUCACAAGUACCAGAGUGGUCAGAGGGGUAUUUCGCCCAUUGAGUGGGAUCAGAAGACAGCCAGCGGUCAAGAGAAAUCAGAUUCUGAUGAUGAUAGUACCACUAAAGAAGAACUUGCAGAUCGUAAUGUCCGGUACCUGAAGUAUAUAUUCCGUGAUGCCAAAUUCUACCUGAUCAAGAGUAACAACCAUGAGAACAUCUCUCUGGCAAAAGCCAAGUGUGUUUGGUCAACCCCUCCACAAAAUGAAGUCAAACUCAACAAUGCGUACCGAGAACAUCGCAAUGUCAUCCUCAUUUUCUCUGUGAAGGAAAGUGGAAAAUUCCAAGGGUAUGCCCGUUUGGCUGGACUCUCUGACAAAGACCACCCACCAGUGCGAUGGGUUCUUCCUCCUGGGCUUACAGCCAGGGCACUCUCCGGAGUGUUCAGACUUCAAUGGAUCAACAGGAAAGAGGUGCCAUUCACGAAGACCAUGCAUCUGCAGAACUCUUGGAAUGACAACAAGCCAAUCAAGAUUGGGAGAGAUGGACAGGAAAUCGAGCCAUACGUGGGGUCAGAACUGUGUCGACUCUUUCCAAAUGACGACAACAUCGACGUAGCUAGCCUUGCAAGGAAAGUGAAACGUGAACGUAGGAAUUUAGUUCCUAAGGAUUUCCGUGACCGACCAUUUCAUCCACCUCGCCGGGAGGCAAUUAGACGUAGGCAUCCAGGAUAUGAUGACUAUGAAAUACCAAGAUUCAAACGUAGCCGCCCAGAUUUCAGGGAUCGUGAACCCCUCUAUCGAGAUAGACGGGACCGAUCACCUCGAUUCCAAGGAGGAGUCCGCAGAGAAACAUUCAUAAACGGAUCUUACAAUGACUAUAUGAGAGAAUUUCAUUCACGUCCACCACCAGGAGGACCCUCCGGAUACCCUGGCCCACCAUCUUAUUAUGAAAGCCAUAGCAGUCAUGGUCCAAGCUAUGCGUACGAAUCACAUCGAUCAUCCAACUACCCGUCUUCAAUGGAUUAUUCAAGACCAAGACGCGAGGAAAAACGGCCAGUCAGCAAUUAUGAGAGAGACGUUGACGAGUUCCUUCGUCGAACAAGCAGUCGGGAACGCCGACACAGGGAGCGACGAUGAGCAGUCUGCCAAGACAUUUUAUAUGUUGUCAUGUUUCAUUGCAAUCAUACUUUCAUGUUCAUGUACCUGUACGAUAGUCUAAGGUUUAGUUGGAGUAAACAUUGCAUGUAGUGGGUGGAAAACUAAAACUUACAGGGCCCAAGGGGACAUCCACUUAUGGCUAGCAGCAUAUCUUUCCACAGUGAGGUGAUUUGUGACCAGUUUUGGUUUGGCAUGCCCUUAUUCAAAGAGUCCAGGCUUGGCUCUGUCGUGCAGUUUCCAAUUAUCGGUAUUGUAGUCAGUCUGCCCUAUUUAAAGUAUUACAUAAUAAUUAUCUGUUGUCAGACUAACAGUUAGGUAAUGUGGUCUAAAUACAGUUUAUUCAUUGUUAUAACUACUACUGAAAAGCUUCCUAUUAGAUAUUCUGCACUGUACAUGUUGACCUACUUGGUUUGUGUUUUGUGGAUGAGCACCUCGCAGUAACUUGAGUGAACAAAAAUUUUCAUGUUUUUAUUCAAGAAUCUUUUAGAGAUUUGAAAUAUUGGUAAUGGCAAUUCAGUAACGGGUGUCUGUUCUGUAUGUAAGGAGCCAGUUUGGUAAUCAACAGAGUCAUCUUAUUAACUGGCAAAGAUAUCCAAUGCUUGCCAAAGAUAGGCAACAGUAGACAACAAAUGCUUUCACAUCUUGGCGCGUGUUUUCAUUCAUGAUUACCAACAGACUUUCAGCUUUUAGUAAUCUUUCAUCAUUUUGUUGUACACAGUUGCACUAUUCUAGUUUUGUACGUUUCUGAUAUAUCGGCAGUGUUUGUAGUGUACAUACUCUAUCAGUCAACUGGGCUAAGCUAGGUGAGUUAUUUGAAAGCAUAAUGGUCUAGUAUAACAUACCACCAUAGCAUUUAGACAUGGGUGAGCGACCGUGGAUGUGAGAAAAUUUGGCUUGUGGUAUGAGUUCUCAAGCUUUAUACUUCUUGUUUCCUUUGUUUUAAUUAAACCCCAUUGGGGUCAUAUCAUGUCAUAAUCAAUCCCCAAUAUUCAGUUUUUUACUGUGAUCAUGAAAAAUGUUGUUGUAUUACAUUAAAAAAUCAAUCACACUUGUGUAUUUGUCGUACUUCGUCACUUUUCUGAUGUCCUCUACUGGACAAGUUUGUAAAGAUUACGAAAUGUGUGCUUCUGAAUGUUGACGUGUUCAUCAUAAUUUCAAGGUCUGUUUGAAAUUGUGUAUGAAAAGCGCAGCAACGUGGACUACAAACAUGUCCUCGAGAAACCCAAGUUUUCUUUGAUCAAGGCUAAAUGGUUCAGCACAUGACGGAUAUUUUGCCUUUCAACAAUUGAGAUUUAGUUGGUUUCAAUCACAGUUAAUGUGCGAGUACAUGUAGUCAUUUUAACUUUUAAUGAGACUAAACAGGAAGAAUUUGUACAUAACACCGGGAAGGGGUAGUGAUGGACCAACUGUGUUGUUUAAACUCUCUAGUUAUUCGCGUCCAGUCUGUACAAAUGAAAACGAAAAUAAAAUAAAUUGGAAAGAAA